AUGAACUUUGAUGAAAUACCAAUUAUUAAUGAUAUAGAAACAGAUGAUGAUGUAAGGGAGAAAUUAAAAGAAUUAAAUCAACCAAUUGUUCUACCUAAUGAAACAAAUGAAGAUAGAAAACAAAGAUUAAUAAAUUUAUUACAAGAUGAGGAAGAUGAAGAUAUGGAAUCCGAUGAAGAAGAAGAAGAAUUUUAUACACCAGGUACACCAGAAUUACAAGAUAUACGGUUAAAGAUUUUAAAAUAUUCAUUACAAAAAUCAAAUGAAAGACUAAACAACACAAAGAAAUUAGUUAAAACUUUUGAUAAUAUUUCAUAUUUAAAACAUCGAAGGGCCAUAAUUGAACAUUAUAAAAAAUUUGAAUUAUAUGGAUCUCAAACUAUACCAGGUAAUACAAGAGCUUUAGGGAGUGUUACGUUCAAUCCUAAAUGUGACUCAAUUGCUGUUGGUUCAUGGGAUGGUUCAAUAAGUAUAUUAGAUGCUUCAACAUUGGAAAUAAAACAAUCGCAUCGCAAUUUUCAUACAGAAAAAGUUACAUUAGAUUUUGGUGAUAUAUUAGUAUCUGGUGGUAAUGAAGGUACAAUCAUUUUAUGGAAUGACUCAAAACCAACACCGAUUAAACAAGCUCAUUCGAAUAGAAUAACAAGUUUGAAAUUACACCAUUUAAAUUACUUAUUAUCUACUUCAUUUGAUCAAACAUGGAAGUUUUGGGAUCUUACAAAACAAACAGAGGUAUGUCAACAAGAGGGUCAUUCUAAAGAAAUAUUCACCAGUUCUUUACAUCCCGAUGGAUCAAUUUUCACAACUUCUGGAUUAGAUGGUAUUAUUAAAAUUUGGGAUUUAAGAUCAGGUCGAUUAUUAACGAAUUUAAUUGGACAUUCCAAACCUGUAUACUCAUUAGAUUGGUCAAAUAAUGGAAAUUAUUUAGCUUCAGGUUCUGGUGAUUGUUCAAUUAAAAUAUGGGAUUUUAGACAAUUGAAUAGAUCAAAUGAAGAAAUUUAUACAAUACCUGCUCAUACUAAAUUGGUAUCAGAUUUAAAAUUUAGUAAUGAUGGAAAUACAUUAAUUAGUAGUUCAUAUGAUGAAUGUAUUAAUAUAUGGUCAGUUAAUAAUUGGAUUAAAAUCAAACUGUUAAAAGGGCAUAAUGAUAAAGUAAUGAAUAUAGAUAUAAAUAAUGAAGAGUCAAGUAUUAUAAGUUCUGGAUGGGAAAGAACUAUUAAAUUAUGGAAAAUUGAAUAA